AAGGAUUAUAUCUUGAUGUAGUUGAUCCUAAAAAAUUCUAUCAAGCAUUUGCUACAAGAUUUAUGAAUAAUAAAGAAAAUAAAAUUAAUAAUGAAAAUAUAAAUAAACAAACAAAAAAAGAAGAUGAUAAAGAUAUUACAAGAAAUACAAAACAAAAAUCAGGAAAUGAUAUGAAGCAAGAUUAA